AUGGGUGAUCCUUCCUCCAUGCUUUCUUCCGGUCCAGCAGAGAUGGGAAGGCCGAGCCAGACGAGCAGCGAAGAUUCCGUCCUAGACUUCAAGGUGCCGGGCGAAAGGCAAGACAGUGCUCCCAGCCAGAGCAGCGGUCACGGCUCAAUACCAAGCCCCGGGCACAGCGUUGAUUCCGGGGCAUCCGAUACAGACCUGCACAUCGAAGCAGUGAUACCAACUCUGGUAGAACGCAUUGCCAAGAUGGAGGUGGUAAACCCAGAGGUCUUGAGGGUGACGCCGGUGUUUCGCGCCUUGGAACAUUUUGCUGUAGCAUUGCGUGUUGGAUCUGCUGGGAAUUUGUACCACAAGAGUCACCAGAGCCAGAGAAUAUCGACAUUUUGGAGUCAUUCUUGGCACGCAGGGCAUUGGAAGAAGAUCUUCGCCGUUAUAACUCUCUACAACGGCACUGCUGCAGUAUUGUUGUCUUUGCUCACCGGGGCGUGCAUGAUGUUGCUCUAUGGUCUGGGAACCCUUCCUGGAUUUGACCGCGGAUGGUGGCACGACGGUCAUCAGUGGUCUUGUUGGUCGACAUUUUCAGGGUUCGUCGUCGCAAGUCUUGUAAUGAUUUUCUGGCGGCCACGGACCCGAGUUUUCCUUGACCGUAUAUGUAUCAGCCAAAGCGACGCUGGCUUGAAGAUGGAGGCCAUACUUAGUCUGGCAGGACUUUUGAAGAAUUCCGACAGAAUGCUCAUUCUGUGGGACCCAACGUGGACCGAGAGGUU